AUGGCCCGCCGUCCCGCUCGUUGCUACCGCUACUGCAAGAACAAGCCCUACCCCAAGUCCCGGUUCAACCGUGGUGUUCCCGACCCCAAGAUCCGUAUCUUCGAUCUGGGACGUAAGAAGGCCAACGUCGAUGACUUCCCUCUCUGUGUGCACAUGGUCUCCAACGAAUAUGAGCAGCUUUCCUCUGAGGCUCUCGAAGCCGCCCGUAUCUGUGCCAACAAGUACCUCGUGAAGAUCACCGGUAAGGAAGGUUUCCACAUGCGUAUCCGUGUGCACCCCUUCCACGUCAUCCGUAUCAACAAGAUGUUGUCGUGCGCUGGUGCCGAUCGUCUUCAGACCGGUAUGCGUGGUGCCUUCGGUAAGCCCCAGGGUACCGUUGCCCGUGUGAACAUCGGCCAGAUCAUCCUGUCCUUCCCUGGUCGCCAAAAGAUCGUCGUCUCCAAGAACUGGGGUUUCACCCCCGUCCGUCGCGAGGAGUACGUCAAGCUCCGCCAGGAGGGCAAGCUCAAGCAGGAUGGUGCCUACGUUCAGUUCCUCCGUGGCCACGGUCUCGUUGAGAACAACAUGAAGCGCUUCCCCGACGCCUACGAGUCCCAGGCUUAA